UUGUUUAAUCCUACACUUUUUUUUUAAAUAAAAUCAACAAAAAAUUCGGAAAUACAAAUAUUAAGCAGCUUAGUUAUUAUGGAAGACGAAACGCAAACACAACAACAACAAUUGCAACAGCAUGAAGAACAAAUAUUGCAACAAGCACCAAAUGAUGACCAACAAGACGACGGGCAAACAGAGGCUAUGAAAACUGUUACAGCAGAGACUUUAAGCGACGAAGGUUGUGUAACGGAAACUGACUCCGCCACCUAUAUGUGUGUACAAGAGGAAGAGUAUGAGCAAGAGAGCCUUGCUAGUGAAGCGGAUGCCUUGCAACAAUUGGAAGGUCAACAACAGCGUCAACAAGCAUAUGCACAUGAGCGCAGUCACAACCAAACACAUCAUCGUCCAUAUAACCCGAAGAAGAGCGUGUCCUUCAAGACGCUGGUCGACAUCUUUCAAUUGAGCGACGCCUGGCAAUUGCAUGUGAAAAAGAGCAGUUUGAAAACGGAAGAGGAUCAGGCCAAACGUCGCAUCUUGCAGCGCAACUAUUAAAUUGUAGUUAAUUACAUACACACACACACACUUGUAUAGGCUUGCAACUGCUAGUGCAACUACGUUUAUGUGUAAUCGGUCAAUGUUUUUUCUCUUUAGAGCGUGAACAAAUUUCAAGUGUACUAUAUUUUUUAAUGAUUAAUAGAUAACGCAUGUUUUCUCCACUUUGUCUAGAAUGUAUGCAAUGUAUGUAUGUGUGCAGUUGCGCAUGCGCUCAAACUCACACCGACUGUUUAGCUAGUUUUUUCUGUUUUCAUCUCGUCCAGGCAUAAUAUAUGUAUGUGAAAAUCUAGUAGUUUGAAUGCUCGCGAAAAUAAAUGGUGGCAUGAA